ACGUCGGGAGCAACGUUACAGGUGAGGAACCGGCAGAGCUGAGCUCAAUCAAACGAUGCCAGACUUGAGUCCUCUGCUGCUUUUAGUGGUGUGUUCCCUGGGUGUUGUGUGUGCUCUCUCCCAUGUGGAGGAGAUGAAGAGCCGGGAGCGACUCUUCCUCAGCUCCCUGGGGCUCUCCGGGCGACAUCGAGCCGCAGGGAGCCACCAGUCCCGGCGCCACGUCCCCUCCGCGCUCUGGAGGAUGUUCCGGAGGUCAGAGAACAUCCAGGCCCAGGAGAGCGACCCCUGCACGGUGUCAGAGUACGGGGUCCGCGGCAACAUCAUCCGAUACGUGCAAGACCAAGGCAGGCUGGUGUCUGGCUGGAGCAGCAGCUGUCAGGCCUGUCUGGAGAAGCAGCUUUUCUUCAACAUGUCCGUCCUGCAGCCUGUGGAGCUGCUGUCUCUGGCUCAGCUGGAAAUCAAGUUCCACUGGAAGCCCUUCAGCUCUGCAGACCUCCUGCAGGGCCCCCGGGCCCUCAGCGUGUCUCUGUAUAAAGUGAUUAGAGCCACGCUGAGGGGAGCCAAUCCCCACGCCAACCGCAGACUCCUGCUGUCCCAGUCAGUCCAGCUGCAGCCUGAGCCCACCUCCAUCACCAUGGACCUCACCUCGCUGUCGGAGAGCUGGCGCAAACCGGGACGCAACUAUGGUUUACUUUUAGAGCUGCUACCUCUUAGCACAGGUCCAGAAGACCUUCUUCCUUUUCACCCUGGGAACUCUCUACCACUGGAAUCAACCUUCACCCUGCCACUGAUCCAGGCCUCACUGGUGGCCGUGUCCCUCAACCCCCACCAGUGUCGCUCCAGACAGCGAAGAAGCGCCGUCCACCUCCCGGUGACACCCAGCAGCGUGUGCAAGGCCCGCCGCCUCUACAUUGACUUCAGAGAUGUGGGCUGGCAGGACUGGAUCAUCGCCCCACUGGGCUACAUGGCCAACUACUGCCACGGCGAGUGCCCGUUCCCGCUCAGCGAGAGUCUGAACGGCACCAACCACGCCAUCCUGCAGACCCUGGUGCACUCCCUGGACCCACACGGCACGCCACAACCCGGCUGCGUCCCCAUCCGCCUCUCUCCAAUCUCCAUGCUCUACUACGACAACAACGACAACGUGGUGCUGCGACAUUACCAGGACAUGGUGGUGAAUGAGUGCGGGUGUCGGUGAGGUUGGUGGACCUUUCUGAUUGGCCCUUGGCUUUCAAAAACCCGCCAGUGUUUUUAAAGCAGCUAUGCCCAAAGUUGAGUCAUACUUUCUUAAUGUGACUUCAUGAUGUUAGAUUUGUCAGUUCAGGUUUUCAUACUGUUCUUUGCAAUCAAUGAUUUUAAAGAAUUUAAAAUAUGUUUUUGUUUGUUCUCACAGAAAUGUAGACAUCUUUUAAUAUGAAGGCUGAUGUUAAUAAAUAUUGCUGUAAAGCCACACUUUAAGACUGGA